UCCGGUACUCAGUCGCAAAAUACUGUCAAUCAAACAGCGUUGAGUUCUUGGCUACGGUCAACAGAAAACUUUGGUCCACAGAAUAAGGAGCAUUGGUCAACAACUGAUGAUGCCGCGCAGUCAACCAGAUCAGAAACUUUUUCUAAUAAUUCGGAGUCGGAAGUGGAGGCAGAAACCAACGAUAAUACGGAAGUAGAAACCUUGAAUACAACAGCGUUAUUACUGGAAAUCCGCCGUGAUGUAAAACGAAUGAAUAAAAAAUUUGACUCUAUGGAGAAAUCAGUAAAUGAAUUAAAAAGAGAUAACAAAUCGCUUAAAGCCCAAAACGCAAAAUUACAAAGUGAUGUAGCGUCAUUAUCUUCGAAGUUGAACGAAGUUGAAAGCACGCUUUCAAAUACAACAAGAAAACAAGAGUAUUUAGAAAAACAGAAUAAAAUGAGAAAUUUGAAAUUUUUUAAUAUCCCAGAAAUUGAAAAUGAAAAUACCACGGAUCUAGAAAGGAAGGUGACGGAAACGGUUACAGAGCAGCUAGAUAUUUACGAAGAAAAUAUCUCUUUCGAGUGUGCUUAUCGAUUACCGAGUAAAACUUCACCUAAGCCAAUUCUAGUAAAAUGUUCAAAUCUGAAAGUUAAAGAGCGUAUUUUGAGUUCAUUCCGAGAAAAACGCAAAAGCGACAACACUGAACUGCACUUCCGAAUUGGCGAAGAUUUACCGGAAAGAAUCUUGAGAGCGCGCAGUGACCUUUUUCCAUUUUUUCAGCAGUGCCGCGAAAACGGAAAUGAAGCAUAUUUUAAACAUGAUUAUCUUGUGGUCGAUGGUCAAAAAUACACUUUCGACAAAGAAAGAAAGGUACCUGUUACCUUAAAAAGAUAG